UAACGUCUCUGGUAGUCGUUUGCAUACUGUGUGUGUGUGUGUGUGUGUGUGUGUGUGUGUGUGUGUGUGUGUGUGUGUGUGUGUGUGUGUGGGUGUGUGUGUGGGUGUGUGUGUGCGCGCGAGCGUGUGCGUGCGCGUUGUGGCCAACACAGAGCCACUUCCUGUCUUAUCUGUUGUGCACAGUGCAGUCUGUUUGGAGGUUCAGGAACAGCUUUGCGUAUUUCAUUCUAACGGUUCAUUCGUCCUCUAAGACCUCAUCUGAAGUCAAAAUGAAGAUCGCAGCCUUCAACGCCAAAAACCUGGGAAUAAAAAAGGUCACAGACAAGACGGUCGUUACACACCUUACCAAUAUCGUGUCUCGGUACAGUGUGGCGGUGAUACUGGAGGUGAUGGAUAAGAGCGGGAAAGCCAUGGAGAAGUUACUGAAAGAACUCAACAACAACCCCUCCAACAGGAACAGUCCAUACUCCAUGAAGGCCAGCAGCCAGCUGGGACGAGACACCUACAAGGAGCGCUUUGUUUGCUUCUACAGGGAGGCUGAUGUGAAACUGGAAGCUUGUUACCAGUAUGAAGAUAAUCAAGAUGGAGAUGUGGACGCCUUCGCCCGAGAACCCUUCGUCCUGCGCUUCAGUUGUCCUUCUACGGUGGUGACAGACCUGGUCCUGAUCCCAGUCCACACCAAACCAGAUGACUCGCUGAAGGAGCUGGACGAGCUGCAUGAUGUGGUCGAUGAUAUCAGGAAGAAGUGGAAAACUGAUAACAUUAUGAUUUUGGGGGACUUUAAUGCAGAUGGCCGUUAUCUCUCUAAGAAGAAGAAGGAUAAGAUCCGUAUCUCCUCGGCUCCCUAUCAUUGGUUGAUAGGCGAGGAUGUCGACACGACCUCUAGUAACUGUAAUGACAACACUUACGACAGGAUCGUGGUGUACGGCCAGACCAUGCUGGACGCCAUCGUCCCCCGCUCGGCCAAGGCCUUCAACUUCCAGACAGCGUUUAACCUGACGGAUAAAGAAGCUCUGAGUAUCAGCGACCACUACCCAGUGGAGGUGGAGCUGAAGACCCGUCAGAAACAGAAAGCACCGGGACAAAGGAAGACGGCUCAGAAGAAAGGAGCAGAGAAGAAGGAGACUACGAGACCAAAAACGAAGAGUGGGCCGUCCUCAGAAACACCCGCAAAGAGAAGACGUUCAAACAAAUGACAAAGGAACACACUUUAGAGAUCUUUCAGCCAUCCCCGUCCUGUUCUUAGAAUCUGUCUGGCUGACAAGGACAGGGCUCCACCACUAUUAAGAUGAAUCUUUAGAACUUACAUAAAAAC